GGCCUUUAAAAAUGCAACGAGCACAAUUGACGAAGCAAUAAAGGACUCGUUAUGGUCAAGCGUGUUGACUCGAAGACAAGGAACCAGCGAACGCCCUAAAAAGAACAACUGAGAAAUGUUCAGUGCAAGUACUGCGGAAUGUUACAUCAACGAAACAAAAGCAAGUGCCCAGCAGUUGGUGAGAAAUGUGGUAAGCAAAACCAAGUUUCGAGAGCUUUUUUGCUAGAAGUCUGGUAUUACAGUUUCAGUCAAGACAUUCCUUGCCUGCUGUUGCUAAACACUACACUCUCAAAGGAAAAGGCAUUCAAAUAGAGGUGAUGUAUUCUCUUGUUCAAAUGCAAAUUUCGCGCACGAUGAUCAGUCUCAUCUUCUUGAUGUAUAUUGGUGGAGUUCUGGUCAAUUGUAAUGAUGAUAUUCCUUUUUGCCGCAAACACUUGAAAAAACUAAAGGAGGAAAUAAGAGACUGGCGAGAAAGAUGCUUGAACGAAAGUCGGCAUGAAAUUAUUUCAUCAAGUUGUGGAGCAGAAAAGGAAUAUUAUAAGGAAAGGAUGCGCACGCACAGUAAAAUGUGUUUCUAUGCAGGACCCUAUCCCGAACCUUACCUACUUGUUCGCCUCCCGGCGGAAAUCGUUGCAACUGAUUUAGAAUCUCUCGAUACCACUGUGCUUAUCCGCGGACUAAAACAUAGCGCAUUCAAAUAUGGGCUAGAAUUUGACUAUAUGGAAAAGAAAAUUUACUUCACAGAAGCACGCCAUAUUUAUCGGAUGAAUUUCGAAGGUGGAAACAAAGAAAUCUUUGUGGAGAACACUGACCCCGUUGAUAUAGCAAUUGAUUGGAAAGGACGUCGCAUAUUUUGGAUUACUUCAAAGAAUCAGCGCCGUAAAAUUAUGGUUAUGAGUUUAGACCGAGGGAAUACGAUUGCAAAAGUUUUUGUCGACAAUGAAUGGAUGACAUGCCUCGAAAUUGAUUCUGCCGCAGGAUACAUUUUUUGGGCUAAUUUUCACAAUUCAAAUGAUCUUCGACAAAGACAUUUGGUUGGAAAUAAUAAUAUACGAGAUUAUACGAUAUAUCAAGGUUUUUAUCUAGAAUUUGUUAAAGAUAUCGCCUUAGACUACCAGAAAAGGAUAGUUUACGUCACUACAGGAAAAAACAGGCUGGUUGCAAUUAAUUACACCAAUGAAGUGAUUGGAUCAGGUUAUCGCUAUCCAGUGGAUAUAUAUGAAACUUUGAUUUACUUUCAGAAGAAAAAAUCACCGGCGGAUAACAUUAUGGAAAUGAAUUUGGUCAACAGAAAUAUAUCGCGCUAUAUUACUUUACCUAAAAACUCCGUUCCAAAACGUUUUAUUGUCGUGCACAAAUCUUGACAAUUUGAAGAAGGUUGUCCUGUUGAAAGUUGUGGUCCCUUACGUUAUUGUAUAAAUAACGGCACGUUCUCGUGUUUAUGUGAAUGGGG